GCCAAGAAAGCCAAAGCCGCUGGACAAGAACCUCCUCCCGAACGAGUUCCCAAACUCAGUGCCCUACUGGCCAUGGGAGGACCCGAGGCGGAAGAAUACAAGAAAAAACAGGCCGCUGCCAAAUUGGCCACGUGGAAAACCAAUCUAGGAGACAAGUGGGAAAUCGUCCAAACCACAUGGGAUGGCAUGUCCAGUUUUGAAGACAAAAAGGAAACCACCAAUAGUACGUACACCACACAACAAGAAGCCAUUCAGGAAUUCAAACACAAUCCAGAAAAAUACCUCGCCAUGCAUUUUCAUCCAGUCCAACCCGAUCCCAAAGAUUACACCUUUAUUCUACGGGAUGGAACUGUGGGGUAUGAACCCAUGGGAAUCAAAGAAGAUGGUACUGGAAAACGCAUUCUAUGGCGACACAUUUAUCAUCGUCUUCCAGCGUUUACCGACAAUCUCUUUCCCGUACGAUCCUGUGACAAGUAUACAGACAACAUGACCUACGGUGGCAAGAAAUUGCAUUCUACAAAGGCCAAACGAACGCCACUCUUGCCCGGUCGUGGCAUGGGAUUGGGUGAUGAAGCCAACAUGGAAAUGAUUGGUCCGCAAGGUGCCUAUCCCGAUCAUGUCCGUCAAGGAGCCAUUGUGGGAGACUGUUGGUUGCUCUCGGCCAUUGCCUGUCUCGCCGAUUUUGAUUGGGCCGUACAACGACUCUUUCGCAAAACUCCAACACAACCCAUUAGUCAAAAACCAGUCGAUGAACCCAAUCUGUACACGGUCACAUUGUGGGAUUUGAAAACAUGGAAGGAAGUCGAUAUUGUCAUUGACGAACGAUUGCCUGUCAGAGCGGAUGGAACGGGAUACUUGUUAGGAGCCAAACCUUCCAAGGAUGCCAAAUUCUGGGUGCCGUACCUAGAAAAGGCCAUUGCGGUACAUUGUGGUGGCUACGAGAAGCUGGACGGCGGCAACUGCACCGAUGCCUGGCCCAUGUUGACUGGUUCUCGCAACCAGUUCCUCAUUCAAAAGGUUCCAGCCACGGGAAAGUACUAUUGUGGCGCCAGGUACAAUCCAGACGAAGGAAAGUGGUCACCGCACAGUAAUUCCCCACAUGACUCUUCGCCCAUGUUAUGGAAAGUCGACUGGCCCAAAGUGGGUGGUGGUGGCGAUCAAGACUUGACAACCGAUGAAUUGUUUGAACGAAUCAUUACAUGGGACGAACACAAUUUCUUGAUUGGGGCGGCCACUGCCGGGAACACGGACAAGGAAGCCACCGAUGGGAUUGUGGACAAUCAUGCCUACAGUAUCAUUGACAGUCGAAAAGAUAUUUGUGGGACCGGCAUUGAUCUGCUCUUGAUCCGAAAUCCAUGGGGCGAAGGUGGUGAACUCGAGAAUGGGCAAUUCAUGAGAUCAGGUCCUGGAUGGGACAAGUACCCUGACAUCAAAAAAGAGCUCAAUCCAACUACAGAAGACAAUGGGCUCUGUUGGGUGACCAAAAAGGAGUUCUUUCGAUACUUUCCCACUGUCUACGUUUGUGCCCUCAACAUGACAAGACUCAAAGAUGAAGACUACGUCAAUGACCUCAAGGAUGACUUUGUCCGAAAGCCCAAGGCCGCUCCCAAACCAGCUCCCAAGCCCAAGAAAAAGGUAGUCCAAAAAACCCAAGAAGAAGAGUUUCCGCCCCAUAUUAUCAACACGGCGUCUGAUCCCAAAUCUCCCUACAAGAUUGUAGUGACGAACUUUAAUGGUGGCUAUGCCUUUAUGGAUGUCAACAAAAAGCAGGUCAUGGGAACAUCCAUCCAAAAGGGUGUAGAUGAGAUGCGUGCCAACCCAGACAAGUAUGUGGCACUGGUGUACCAGAACAACAUGGCAGAUGAAGGGUGGCCAGUAGAGAGGCACCAGUAUACCUUGUUCUUGAGGGAUGGGACCGAAGGGUUGGAAGUAGAUCCAGACAAGGCUGGUAAGAAGACCAUGUUGACGAACGUGCUUCGGUGA